AUGUUAGACGAUAUCCCUCUUCACAACGCAGCGGUUUGUGGAAAUGUUGAAGACGCAGUUCUCUGGAUCAGACACGGAGCUGUUGUAAAUGCUCCUGACAAUGUUGGUGCUACCCCUCUUCACAAAGCAGUGGUUUGUGGGAAUAUUAAAGUUGCAGAUCUCUUGAUCAGAAACGGAGCUGUUGUAAAUGCUCCUGACACUAUUAAUGCUACCCCUCUUCACAAAGCAGCGGCUCAAGGGAAUGUUGUAGUCGCAGAUCUCUUGAUCAGAAACGGAGCUGUUGUAAAUGCUCCUGACCAUGUUGGAGCUACCCCUCUUCAUAAUGCUGCAAAACGAGGGAAUGUCGGAGUCACAGAUCUAUUGAUCAGAAACAAAGCUGAUGUCAAUGCUCCUGACAAUGAUGUUACAGUGAAAUACUCCUCUUCACAAAGCAGCGAAAAGUUUGAACAUCGAAGUCACAUGCAAAUUUAUUGA